GUGGACCUCAGAUCUGAUGGCUCAGGGAACUUGGUUCCAACUGUUAGGCACCGGCUGUUGUAAGUUCUUCCUUGGACUUGCUGCUGUUUCCAAAGUCUCUUCCUGGAAAACGCAACUCACUACUGGUUGGACUGGCAGAAAGGAUCUGGUGGUGAGGAGCCAAGCCAGCCCCCAAGACCAUGAACUUGUCCUCUGAGCACUGCAACAUAUCUGACUGGCUGAGACUAGAGGCGACCGUGAAGGCCUCUGUGUACAUGGUGGCUUUUUCCAUUGCCACAUCCAUCACCGUUGUCAUUAUUGCGAUAGUGUCACAGAAUCUGCAGCUGAGGAAAGAGGUCCGACUGGUCCUCCUUUGCCAUCACCUGCUGUGUAUCUCCUCCUACUGUGGCCUGGGGGUCGUCUUCCAAGGAAUGCGAGCCUUGCUGGCCAACAGCCCCCUGCUGCUGUGCUGGCUGGUCUUUGGGGCACAGCUAAGUGUGGGAGAAGGGAUCCUCCUUACUCUGGCCUUGAUGGCUCUCAACACUUACCUUGUCAUUUGUUAUCCCCUGAACUCUCCGUCCUUUGUAGAUUCUGCCAAGUACAGGAUUCUGGCUGGGUCCUGGACCACUGUUAUACUCAAGAAUGUUGGCUUAUUCCUCAUAGAGGGCACUAACCCUACCCCAGCCUCUGUUUUCCAGUCUGCCCCGCUCUGUCCUGUGAUCUUGAAUGGUACGCCUGCCAGAGUCAUCGGCGUGUUUUCCCUUGUCCUUCCUUUAUCUGUCAUUCUUGUGAGUUACUAUCUGAUAUACCGAGAAGGAAAGCAGGCUGGCCAUUUUAACAGAUCAAACAUCAAGGCCAGGAGAACUGUCCUCGUUCAUCUACUGCAGAUCAGCUUACACGUGAUACCCACCCUAAUGUUUAUAGGUUUGGGAAAGCGGUGCGGAUCAUUUUUCUUUGCUUUAAAUCUGGUGCUUUUUGGUGUCUUCGCAUUUGCACAGUGUUUCAACCCUUUGGUCUAUGGACUCUGCAACAGAGACCUGCAGAGAAGAUUGUACCCUUGGCUUCGCUGUCAGAAGAAGCAGCAGGGAGCUGGCUUAAACAAAACUUUAGUUCUUCAGAGUAACUCCAGACUUGAUAGGUGUGUCAGCUAGGGCUGAGAACUCACCUUGUGUUCAACCCAAAA